AUCCCAACAGUCUUCAGGUUCAGUUCGAAAACUAAUUGAAAACCGGUCGCCAUGAAAUACUUCUGCGGCAUUGUUCUCUUUGUCGCCCUGUUGGCCUUCAGUGUGAGGCCCUCAGAGGAGGCUUGUGGUUACGAGGCAUGCCCCCAAACCAAGCCAAACAUGAUCAACAUCCACAUGGUUCCCCACUCCCACGACGACGUCGGCUGGCUAAAGACCGUUGACCAGUACUUCUAUGGCCACAAGAGCAACAUCCAGCACGCUGGUGUCCAGUACAUCAUCGACACUGUGAUCGCUGAGCUGAUCAAGGACCCCUCGCGUCGCUUCAUCCAGGUGGAGACCUCCUUCUUCGCCAAGUGGUGGGCCGAGCAGUCCGAAACUGCCAAGUCCAUUGUCCGCAAGCUGGUCAACGAGGGCCGCCUGGAGUUUACUGGCGGUGCCUGGAGCAUGAACGACGAGGCUGCCGUUAACUACCAGAGUGUGAUCGAUCAGUUCACCCUGGGAUUGAAAUUCUUGGAUGACACCUUCGGAUCCUGCGCCCGUCCCCGCAUUGGCUGGCAGAUUGAUCCCUUCGGCCACUCCCGUGAACAGGCCUCCCUCUUCGCCCAGAUGGGAUACGAUGGCGAGUUCUUUGCCCGUAUGGACCACCGCGACAAGAACAACCGCAUUGACAACUUGAACAUGGAAAUGAUCUGGGAUGCCAGUGACUCGUUGGCCGACAACGAGCUCUUCACCGGCCUGCUCUACCGUCACUACUCUGCUCCCCCCGGCUACUGCUUUGAUGUCCACUGCGGCGACGACCCGAUCAUUGACACCAAGAGCUACGACAACAACGUCCAGUCCCGUGUGGAUGACUUCCUCAGCUACGUCUCCGGUGUUGCCAAGGUCUACCGCUCCAACCACAUCAUGAUCCCCAUGGGUGAUGACUUCCAGUACGAAGAUGCCCAGGUCAACUUCAAGAACAUGGACAAGCUGAUCAAGUACGUCAACGCCCGCCAGGCCGAUGGUUCCACCUACAACCUGUUCUACUCCACCCCCGCCUGCUACCUGAACUCCCUGCACGAGAGCCUCCAGACCUGGCCCAACAAGACCCAGGACUUCUUCCCCUACGGCAGUGACGACAACGGCUACUGGACCGGCUACUUCACCUCCCGCCCCACCCAGAAGCGCUUCGAACGUGACGGCAACCACAUGCUCCAGGUGGCCAAGCAGCUCAGUGUCUUUGCUGACCUGAAGAGCGACCAGCAGAAGGAGGACCUUGAAUACCUCCGUGAGAUCAUGGGUGUUAUGCAGCACCACGAUGCCAUCACCGGAACCGAGAAGCAGGCCGUGUCCAACGACUACGAUCGCCUUCUGUACGACGCCAUCCUCGGAGGAGCCAACACUGCCGCCGAUGCCCUGCGCAAGCUGACCGACCAGCCCAACGGAGAGUUCGAGAGCUGCCUGAACCUGAACAUCAGCGUGUGCGCCUUCACCGCCGAAAACGCCGACAACCUGGUCGUGACCCUGUACAACCCUCUGGCCCACACCUCCACUCAGUAUGUGCGCGUACCUGUGAAGAACGCCAAAUACGAAGUGACUGACGCCAAGGGCCGUGUGGUGACCUCUGAGCUGGUCCCCGUCUCCCCCUACGUUGUGAGUCUGGAGUUCCGUAGCGACGCCACUGAGCACGACCUGGUCUUCAAGGCAUCCGUGAACAAGAUUGCCAGCUACUACGUCAAGAAGGUGUCUGAUGCUGAAACCAAGAAGGCUACCAAGGCUACUAAGGAGGGCAAAAUCAAGAUCCCAUCCAACAAGACUGAAUCCGAUGAUGCCGAAAUCCGUGAGGAUGGCGAGACUGUUGUCCAGACUUCGACUGUCAAACUGGUCAUCGAUAACAACUCUGGUCUCCUGAAGACUGUGGAAAUGAAUGGAGUUUCCGAGAACAUUGACCAGAGCUACGGUGUUUACAGGACUUGGGAUUCUGGUGCAUAUCUGUUCCGUCAGUACCACCAGGGUGACUUUGAGAUCCAGAGCGAGGGUGUUGAGUUCACCGUCUACGAUGGUGUCCAGGUCAAGGAAGUCCACCAGCGUUUCACCGACUUCAUCUCCCAGGUCAUCCGCGUCUACGAAGGCAUCGACCGCGUGGAAUUCGAGUGGCUCGUUGGACCCCUUGAAAGGGAGGAGGAGUUCGGCCGGGAAGCUGUAUUCAUCCUGAACAGUACUAUUGCCUCCAACGGAGUCUUCUACACCGAUGCCAACGGUCGCCAGCUGCUCAAGCGCGUGAGGGAUCAGCGUGAGGACUUCACCGCUGGUCUGGACAGGCAGCCCACUGCCGGAAACUACUACCCCAUCACCUCCCGUAUCGCUCUCGAGGACAAUAACAAGCGUAUUGCCCUUCUGAACGACCGCUCCCAGGGAGGAACCAGCAUGCAGGACGGACAGCUCGAACUUAUGUUGCACCGUCGUCUCGUUCGCGAUGAUGGCUUGGGAGUUGGAGAGGCUCUGGAUGAAGAGAAAUACGGCCAGCCCUUGAUUGCCCGCGGCAAGAUCUACCUGAUCCUCAGCUCCACUGAUGAUUCCACCACCGUUGAGCGCGUGGCCGAGAAGGAGAUCCACCUGCCCUUCUGGAAGUUCUUCAGCAAGAACUCCGGCAGCACCCAGUCCGUGGCCAAGGCUGUUCCCAGCUUCGAAGACUUCCCCCAGACCGUUCAUCUGCUCACCCUUGAGCCCUUCAACGACAACGAGGUCCUGCUCCGUGUGGAGAACUUCGCCGACCACACCGAAACCAAGGUUGUUAGCUUCAACAUUCAGUCGAUCUUCGAGUACCUGAAUGGUGUGGAGAUCCGCGAAACCACCCUGGACGGUAACCUGCCCCUGAACCAACUGAAGCGCUUCAAGUUCCACCACGACUCCACUGGUCGCCAGCCCCAGGCCGUUGACUACUUCACCGCUGGACACAAGCCCCUGUCUGCCCAGAAGGCCCAGGAAGCCUCCGACUUCAGCGUCACCCUGCAGCCCAUGCAGAUCCGUACUUUCAUCAUCAAGACGGAGUAAGCCAAAGUUCUCACCGAGAUAUGCAGUAUUUAAUGAAAUGUAAAUAUGUAAAAAUUGUAAAAUAAAAAGCGAAACAUUAUAA